CUGACGGGAGGCGGACACAGCCGCCAGCCGCCUCUCCUCUCCCAGCCCAGCCCGCACUUGGGCGCCCUGCCCUCACCUGCUCCGAGGGGCAGCUGCCUCCUGCUCGUGCGGCCAUGGGGUGGCUGUGGCCCCUGGCCAUCUGUCUGGCCGCGGUCCUGGCUGCGGGCCUCGGCGGGGGCUCUGGGGGGGCCCCUCUGCACUCGGGCGGGCGCAGGGCUGAGGCCCGGGAGCAGCAGAGCCGACCCAAGAGAGGCACUGAGGAUGAGGAGGCCAAGGGGGUGCAGCAGUACGUGCCCGAGGAGUGGGCUGAGUACCCCCGGCCCAUCCACCCUGCUGGCCUGCAGCCCACCAAGCCCUUGGUGGCCACCAGCCCCAACCCAGACAAGGGCGGCGGGGGCACCCCGGGCGGCGGGCAGCAGCCGAGGGGCAACCUGACCGGGGCGCCGGGGCAGCGGCUGCGGAUCCAGAACCCCCUGUACCCGGUGACGGAGAGCUCCUACGGCGCCUACGCCGUCAUGCUGCUGGCCCUGGUGGUGUUCGCCGUGGGCAUCGUGGGCAACCUGUCGGUCAUGUGCAUAGUGUGGCACAGCUACUACCUGAAGAGCGCUUGGAACUCCAUCCUGGCCAGCCUGGCCCUCUGGGACUUUCUGGUCCUCUUUUUCUGCCUCCCCGUCGUCAUCUUCAAUGAGAUCACCAAGCAGAGGCUGCUGGGCGACAUUUCUUGCCGGGCCGUGCCCUUCAUGGAGGUCUCCUCUCUGGGGGUCACGACCUUCAGCCUCUGCGCCCUGGGCAUCGACCGCUUCCACGUGGCUACCAGCACCCUGCCCAAGGCGCGGCCCAUCGAGCGGUGCCAGUCGAUCCUGGCCAAGCUGGCCGUCAUCUGGGUGGGCUCCAUGACGCUGGCCGUGCCUGAGCUCCUGCUGUGGCAGCUGGCGCAGGAGCCGGGGCCCACCACGGGCACCGUGGACUCGUGCGUCAUGAAGCCCUCGGCCAGCCUGCCCGAGUCCCUCUACUCGCUGGUGAUGACCUACCAGAACGCCCGCAUGUGGUGGUACUUCGGCUGCUACUUCUGCCUGCCCAUCCUCUUCACCGUCACCUGCCAGCUGGUGACGUGGCGGGUGCGGGGCCCCCCGGGGAGGAAGCCGGCGUGCCGGGCGGGCAAGCAGGAGCAGUGCGAGAGCCAGCUCAACAGCACCGUGGUGGGCCUGGCCGUGGUCUACGCCUGCUGCACCCUCCCCGAGAAUGUCUGCAACAUCGUGGUGGCCUACCUGUCCACCGAGCUCACCCGCCACACCCUGGACCUCCUGGGCCUCAUCAACCAGUUCUCCGCCUUCUUCAAGGGCGCCGUCACGCCCGUGCUCCUCCUGUGCGUGUGCAAGCCGCUGGGCCAGGCCUUCCUGGACUGCUGCUGCUGCUGCUGCUGCGAGGACUGCGGCGGCGCGGCGGGCGCCCCGGCCACCGACGGCCCGGGCAGCAAGCUCAAGGCCGAGGUGUCCCCCUCCAUCUACUUCCACAAGCCCAGGGAGUCGCCGCCGCUCCUGCCCCUGGGCACGCCUUGCUGAGGCCCGGGCCGCGGCGGGCGGGCUGCCCCCCAGCUGGCGUCUGCCUUUCCUCCCCGUAGGUCUCGCUUUGCUGCCCGUCUUGCUGUCCAGAGACAGGUUUGGUUCCUCUCGCUGCGGCGUGGGGGAGUCAACGCCCCGUCCCCAAGCAGGGCCCUGCCGGUCACUCGGGGGGCCUUGCAGGCCUGUCCUUUCCACCGGUGGGCAGUGAUGCUUCUCCGUCCUUAGGGCUGCCGCCAGCGGGGAGCCAGAACUGUGCCUGCCACCUCCUGCUUCCAGCCCUGCGUCCCUCUCACCUAGGGCCCGGCUCCACUUCAGGGCCCCUCUGAGCGUCCUGACCCCACCCUCGGCCCUGGAGCCCCCUCCCGCCUGGGGGCUCCUCAACUUGGCUCAGCUCCCCUUUCUCUGGACGCGCCCUGUUACCGGUGACUUCUCUUCUUCUGGAGGACUUACUCCUCCCCCCUCGUUUUCAAGAUGCCCCGGGUGGCCCUGUCCCAGCCCCCUAGUUAGGUGCUUUCCUAUAGAAGGCCUGUCGUGACAAACAAUAAACUAGGUAGCGAUGCCCGUA